UGUUAUGGAUGUGUAGGUGUAUCCGUCUAAUUGUCCCGCAUCGACUAUUUCCAGCCAUAUCUCCGUCCAUGGGCCCGGGAGAGCAAACAUCGUCAGCACCCGCUCCACGGCCCUCGUCUGACAUCCACAUCUCUCUCCUAAGGUCCAAAGCUUUCGUUUGCAGACCUACAACUAAGAGGCGGUCCCCCACGAUUCAGUCUUCCCGUGCGCCCGCGCCGGGCCCGCAUACCAAACGCCAUGCACCCAGCAACCAUAUCCCGCCACGGGAGAGACAAGGGAUGUGACCAAAAGCAAAAGAGUUCAAGAUGAGCCAAGACAAGCUGUGGGUUGAAAUCCCGGGCGCGGAACCGGGGACCCCUCAUUCCCCGGA